CGAUGAAUGUUAUGGAAGCAGCUUGUUCUGGUACGUGUAAGAGCAACAACAUAGCUAUGUGGAGUCCGUCGAGGAUACAGUGCUUGAUCUUGUUAUCACCUCAAACUCUAUCUUAGUAGCCGCACUCAUUCUACGCAGCUGCCAUACAAAGCCCAGGGAAGAUGGACACCCUUUCUCAUGUUCCUCCAGGGUUUCGGUUCCACCCGACCGACGAAGAACUCGUGGAUUAUUACCUCAGGAAGAAGGUAGCAUCAAGAAGGAUUGACCUGGACAUCAUAAAAGACAUCGAUCUGUACAAGAUCGAGCCAUGGGACCUUCAAGUAAAAUGCAAGAUUGGUACAGAAGAACAGAACGAGUGGUACUUCUUCAGCCACAAGGACAAGAAGUACCCAACGGGGACGCGGACCAACAGAGCAACCACUGCUGGCUUCUGGAAGGCCACCGGGAGGGACAAGCCGAUCUACUCCAAGAACAGCUUGAUCGGAAUGAGGAAGACGCUGGUCUUCUACAGGGGUCGAGCACCCAACGGGCAGAAGUCGGAUUGGAUCAUGCACGAAUACCGUCUUGAAGCAAAUGAGAACGCGCCACCCCAGGAAGAGGGAUGGGUUGUGUGUAGGGUUUUCAUCAAGAGAAUAGCACCGGUCAUCAGAAGAGCCAGUGAGCACGACUCUGCAUGCUGGUACGACCAUCAUGUGUCCUUCACGCCGGAGCUCGACUCUCCGAAGCAAGUAGGAGCCCCGCCGGAGAUGGCGUACCACCACCACCACCCACUCUUCUCCUGCAAGCCGGAGCUGGAGGUGCGCCACCACCACUUGCCACAGUUUGAUUCGUUCCUCCAGCUCCCCCAGCUGGAGAGCCCCAACCUUCCUUUCUCCCUCGUCGCGCAAGAAGACCCGAUGAUCCAGCCCAGUAAGCAGCUCCAGAUCUUCUCCACCUGCAACAACUCCCAAGGUAUCAUUCAUCAUGCAGCGGAGCAGGCAACGGACUGGAGGGUGUUCGACAAGUUCGUCGCAUCCCAACUCAGCCAUGGCGACGUCUGCAGAGAACUCAACUGCUCCAGUUCUGGAAGCGACUUCCAAAAGCUUGAAGCAAAUGUGGAGCAUGCUUCGGCUUCCAACUCCAGUGGUGGCCAAACCGAGCUGUGGAAAUGAAGCCCAUACAUAUAGUUAUACUGAUUUUAAUUAGGAGGUAAAUAGCUACCAAAAAUCCGAAGAUCACAGAUUUAUGUACAUAAUAAACCACGAGAACAGUCUGGGAUUGCUUCUGGCCUCUGUAUCAUGUUAAGAGCUUCUACUUGUCGAGAAGGUAUCAGAUGGAUGAUGAGGCCGAGGGUUCGAGUAACUGACUCGGUCUCCAUUGAAGAGAAAUCUGAGACAUAAUGGACUCCAUUAUUUGGUCCAUUGUUUCGGAGCAGUAUUUGCUGC